AGAGGAAAGAGUGAAGAAAAGAGCAGAAGAGGCGGCAUACAUAUAUUUUGAAAAGAAAAAGAAUCGCCCAGAGAAGGGAGGAAAGGGAGGGAAAAUGCUUGACGCAGUAAAAUACCUGAUCGGAGCCGCCGGCGCAAGCGGCUUUAGUUCCAAGUCAACAGCCGAGCAGGUAACCGAAGCCUGUCCUGAUCUCCGCUCCGUAACCGCUAUCAUCACAGGCGCCACGUCAGGAAUCGGUGCUCAGACUGCCCGGAUUUUAGCCAAACGUGGAGCGCGGCUAGUCCUUCCGGCCCGGAGCCCAAAAGCUGCCGAGGAAACGAAGGCUCGUAUCGUGACUGAGUUUCCAGAUUCAGAUAUCAUCGUCAUGGCUCUCGAUCUUAGUUCUCUCUCCUCCGUUCGAACCUUCGUUUCUGAGUUCGAGGCCUUGAAUUUGCCUCUCAAUCUCCUUAUAAACAACGCUGGAAAGUUCUCGCACGAGCACUGUGUCUCUGAAGACGGAAUCGAGAUGACUUUUGCAACUAAUUACUUAGGACAUUUUCUGUUAACAAAACUGCUGCUAAAGAAGAUGAUCGAAACGGCGGAGCUUACCGGCAUUCAGGGACGGAUAGUAAACGUAUCAUCGAGUGUUCACAGCUGGUUUUCCGGUGAUACAAUCCGUUAUCUCGAAUUGAUUACUAGAAAGAAAAGAUCUUACGAUGCUACACGUGCCUACGCUCUCUCGAAGCUCGCUAACGUUUUGCAUACCAAGGAGCUUGCAGUGAAACUAAAGGAAUUGGGGGCAAACGUAACUGCAAAUUGUGUUCAUCCAGGGAUAGUUAGAACGAGACUCACCAGAGAUCGAGAAGGCUUCAUCACAGAUCUGAUGUUCUUCUUGGCUUCCAAACUGUUGAAAACAAUUCCUCAGGCUGCUGCAACUACUUGCUACGUCGCAGCACAUCCAAGACUCAAAGACGUGUCAGGAAAGUAUUUCGCAGACUGCAACGAAGUGACUGCGUCAAAACUGGCAUCCAACUCACAAGAAGCAGCUCGACUUUGGUUAGCUUCUGAAGCAAUUACUGCUGAGAGAUUCAGAUUUCAGAAUCAUCUCCUAUUUUGAAAGAGAUCGCGGGAAAAAUGUGUAGAACAAAGAGAGUAUACUCUAUACCGCAUACCGUAUACCGUAUACGUACGUAGGGUAUCCAGAUGGUAGGCCGUACAAGUACAAU